UCGGGUUGCAGGCAGUCAGGCUGCCCGGCAGAGGAAGGCGCGAGGAGGCGAGCACGGCAGCAGCAUGGCUUCAUCGCAAGGCAAGAGUGAGCUGAAAUUCGCAGACUGGAUGGCAACUUUGCCAGAAAGCAUCCACAGCCUCCCCCUCACCAACCUAGCGAUCCCAGGGUCUCACGACUCCUUUAGCUUCUACAUCGACGAAGCCUCUCCAGUUGGACCUGAACAACCAGAAACUGUCCAGAAUUUUGUCUCCGUAUUUGGGACUGUGGCUAAAAAGUUGAUGAGAAAGUGGUUGGCAACACAGACGAUGAACUUUACUAGCCAGCUAGGUGCAGGUAUACGAUAUUUUGAUCUCAGAAUUUCCACUAAACCCAGAGACCCUGACAAUGAACUUUACUUUGCUCAUGGUUUAUUCAGUGCCAAAGUCAAUGAGGGCCUUGAAGAGAUCAACGCAUUUCUGACUGACCACCAUAAAGAAGUGGUCUUCUUGGACUUCAAUCAUUUCUAUGGGAUGCAGAAAUAUCAUCAUGAGAACCUGGUCCAAAUGCUCAGAGGCACCUUUGGAAAUAAAAUGUGCCCUGCUAUAUUUGCCCAAGAAGUAAGUCUCCAGUACCUGUGGGAGAAGGAUUACCAAGUGUUGGUAUUUUAUCACAGUCCAGUGGCUCUUGAGGUACCAUUUCUUUGGCCAGGGCAGAUGAUGCCAGCUCCUUGGGCAAACACAACAGACCCAGAAAAACUGAUUCAGUUUCUUCAGGCAUCAAUCAUUGAGAGAAGAAAGAAGGGCUCCUUUUUUAUAUCUCAAGUGGUGCUGACCCCCAAAGCUAGUACUGUGGUUAAGGGUGUUACUAGUGGACUCAGAGAAACAAUCACAGAAAGGGCUCUUCCUGCAAUGAUGCAUUGGGUCCGAACUCAGAAACCAGGAGAAAGUGGUAUCAAUAUUAUCACUGCUGAUUUUGUAGAACUUGGUGACUUUAUCAGCACUGUCAUAAAACUCAACUAUAUCCUGGAUGAAGGCGAAGCUGAUACUACUUGAUACUACUGCAAUAUAUUUGUUGUUCAUUGAGUAGAUUUAAAAAGAAAACCCAAUUGUAUUAGAAAAAAAUAUCUUGUAACACACAGAUCUUCCUAUAACACUGAAUCUCUGAGGUGUUUAGGGCAGUAGUGGGUGGACAAAGGGAAAUGUUUUCAUUGGUUAUUAUAAUGUUCUACCUUAAUAAACCCUCAUGUUUUUCAUUUGAAGAGCAAAACAGGAUUUCUUUAGUGGUCGACUAGAGAAAGCCACUUGCACAUUUUCCACAAAGUACCAAAUAUAAUUUCUGUGUCUUACUUCUAAGGUUAUUAAUAGUGCCAAGCAAUUUGCUGUAUGCAGACUGGAGGGACAUAUAAUGCCCUAUGUCUGCACAGGGAAUUCCCACUGACAUGAAUGUUUUGCUGCAGACCAAGGGCAGUAUAUGACCCUAACAUUUUAAUUCAAAGCACUUCAUCUGUUAGGUGGCUUAACUGAUUACAUUCAUUGGCGGGCAUCAGUUUAUUGGCCUUUGGGGAAUAAAUUCAAUAUAAAGCCAUGCCUGCAACUCUUGUAUCAUCAGCAGGCAGCAAAUAUUCAGACCCAUAGUCUGUAGCCUUUGCAGAACAUGGGCCAAAUCCUGACCACCUUCUCACCUGGGGUAGGAUUGUCAGAAGUGCUGUGCGCUUGCUGAAGUCAAAGAGUGUGCAGCAUUGGCCUAACUCUAAUCCCAUCAAAGCCAGAGGGAGUUUUACCAUGGACUUCAGUAGGAGCCGAGCUAAGGCAAUGCUGAGCACUUUUAAAAAUCCCUCCCAGGAGACGUCCCACUCACGGGUCUGAUGCAAAGCCCAUUGAAGUCAAUGGGAGGCUUUCCAUUCAUCAGCUUUGGACCGGGCCCUAAUUCAGUAGAAUUACUCAUGUGAGUAGGAUGAGCAGGAUUUGACCUCAUCUAUAGAAAUUUGCUUUCUGCAGGAAUAAAUCGAUACAGACGAAACAUUGACUUGUUUAAUAUGAAGGGGUAGUAUCAAGUUCUCUUUAAGGCAGCUAUAAACACAGAACAACAGUUUUCUGCUGAUGAAAAAAUUGGUGCCAAUUCAACAGUGAAAAAAUGCUCUAUUAAAGAGUGGAACAGUUCAGUGAGUAGCAUAUAACAUUAACCUAUGGUCCUUUCAUUCAUGUGAAAUAAUAAAUCAUGACAAGAGGUUUAGAAUAUCUGCUAUUACAACAGCAGACCCUCCAGUCCCCCUACUCUUAAUGAAACAUAUAUCACUCUAAUAGGUGAAAAAAUUGGUGAGGUAUAAAAUAAAGUGAGAGCAGAGUCAUUGUAUGGUUUCAACAACUCACAAUUGAAAAUUACUAGAGUUAAUCAUAUAUACUGAUGUGCAUGCAGACAAUGGAGGAAAGCAGAACAUUUAGUAAAAUUUGUACAAAUCAUAUGGACUCCAGAGUAGUACAAGGGGAAAUUGCUCAUUGAAAUAUAGUUUAAAUCUGAAAGGUUGAGUGUUAAGGUGGUAUCCUUAUUCAGUUGAAGUCCCCUUAAUAUCAAUGGAAGUUGCUUGAGUAAGGCCUAAGAAUGGUUUUAUUUGGCCCUUACUAAUUUCCAUUAAGUGAUUAAAACAUUAGGAAUAGAAACUGCAAAUGCAAUGUUCUGAGGUUACGAAAAUGAAAAUGGCGUCACCAGGAAGGGAUAUAUUUUCAUUAACAAAGUAGUGGAAUAAAAGGUAUACUCACUGGUAUUUUAUAUUUAGAUGAUGUGCCAGUGUGUGUCUAUGCAUGUAUGUGUGCAGAAAAGGCACAUAUAUAUACAUACAGACAUAUAUAGUCUGUAUGUACACAAUACAGAGACAUGCACACACAGAACUGUGCCCUCAUUUUUAGCUAUAGGUAUAUAUACAGGUUAAAGAAUGUAGAAAGUAAAUUUACAACUACUUCUUCAUUAACCAUUCCUGUGUGUUAAUUAGGGCUAUGAGAAUCAGUCACAAUGGAACCUUAAAACCCGGCCAGUUUGGUUUCUUUACUAACCCAAAACUUGACCAAAACAUUUGCUGAGGUUCACAAACACUGUCUCUUCCCAUAGGAGAUGGAGGAAGCUAUGGUUUUCACACAAAGCCAGACAAAACUCAGUAGGUUCUGAUGAACGUAGUUUUCAGUUUCCAGAUUCUCUCAAAGGAAAAUUCAACAGAUGAGAGCUACAUGAGUUGAAAUGUGAGUUUUGCCGAAUCCCGUGCAAACUGAAACUGCCACAUUUUGCACAGUUCUCAAGGCAGUGCCUUUCCUUUUAACAGGGUGUCUGGUGAUAUAAAUCUACAACUUGUUUGCUUACUUAUUGGAGAUAUGGUUUAAGAAGCUAUUUUCAUAAUUAUUUCAGUGAGCCAAAUUGCUUUUUUUCCCCUCAAUGUCUUCUGUCAUUUUUCAGUUAUUUAAAUGUGGCCAAAGUAUUUUAACUGCAUAUAAAUAUUGUAUGUUAAAAAAAAAUUAAAAUCUGAACAUUGCAAACAUCUUUAGGGCGAGCAAAGAAAAAAGACUAAUUUGCUUUUAUUUUGUGAUUGGGUUUCUAUUAUAACCCACUGAAAGGCACAAUGUUGAUUUCCUCUUGUAAACCCUGAGUCAAGCACACAUAAAAUGCCACAAGGGUUUCAUUUAUAUAAAUAGUACUGAAAACAGGUGUUUCAAUGUAUUUAAGAAAAAAGUAUAUAUAAAUAUAACUAUGUUGUAUCUUAAGCUUAUUGGCAUUGUUAAAAUGUUUGCUUAGCAUCAGUUGUGUCCUAUUUGUUGUUUGGGUGCUGGAAAAUAAAAGCAAAGCAAAAAAGUCCUCUGCAAAGAUAGGGUAAUAAACAAAUUAUGUAGUUUCUCCAUUAGGGUGGGGGAGGGAAGAGAUCUUUCUGCUGUUAGCUAAAUGCACAAAAAAACCUUGUCGGAUAAAUGACAUUUUUGUUCAGCUGUUAAUCUCCUUCCCAAUGAAGAAGAACAGAAUGUAAUAGCAAGGGCUGUGGAUAAACAAACUUGCUUUAACUAUUGUCGGGGAGGAAAUAGAGUAACAUGUUCAGUUUGCUAGGCUGUGAUGGACAAAAAUCUUAAUCCUGCCAUCCUAACAGGCAGAGUUUCCAUUGUUGUUCUUGUAGGAUGCUUGUCAAAAAACCAGACAAACCAGAAAGGAAGUGUGCGAUACAACUGGAUCAUUUUAGGGCUUGUCUACACAGGGAGUUAUUUCAGAAUAGCUAUUCCCAAUUAACUCCAUGUGUGGAUGCUUAUAUUCCAGCAUGAGUAUCUUAUUCCACAAUAGCUUAAUCCAUACAGCCUUCUUAUUCCAGAAUAAGAGCAACUACCCAUGGAAUUAAUCAGGAAUGAUUAAUCUGCUUUAACUUCUCACUUUCACUUACUCUGUAUUAAUUUUCAUGUGUAGACAAGUCCUUAGAGCCCAAUCUCGCCAUCUGUAUUUAGGCAAAAUUGACUUGAACAUUAAAUUUGUCUGCUUAUGAACUCCAGAAUUGGGUCCUAGUACGUUCCACUGUUUGACAUACCCUGCUUUGGUUUUUCUGCACACAUACCACAUGGAAUCCUAUAUGGGAAAUAAUGACUGUAAUCUACUGAUAAGAGCAAAAACCCCACCUAAGAUACUGGGCAUCAUAAUUUUUCCAUCUGUUGCAUUUUGCAUCCUUCACUGUCUUUUGGAGCUUGCAAUGUUAAUUCGUGGGCUAUCAUCACAUUGUCUUUUUUCUCCUCUUGUACACAUUUAACCACUCGUGUCUCUAGUCUAGUGUGUACAUGUCAAGUAAUAUGAAUCUUUUGGGUGUUAUGACACAGCUACUUAAUGUUUUCUUUCAGUCAGAUCUGCAAAAAUUACCUAUCACAACAGAGCACCACAUAAAUUAAAGAUCUUCAAGGCACCAGAUGCUCAGCUGGUGUAAAUCGGUAUAGCUCCAAUCAUUUUCUUGGGGCUAUCUUGAUUUAUACCUCAUGAGGAUUUGGCCAGCUGAUUUCAUACCAGUAUACUCAUUGGCUUCAGUGAAGUUAUUUCUGACUUACACCAGUGUAUGUGAGAUCAGAAUCAACCUAAAGGGUCCAAAUUCUGUUCAGUUUUCACCAGUGUACCCCCCCCCAUGGAAGCCAACUAAAGUAUCAAUAGUAAUGAAAUCAAUGAUAUUGCAACUGGUGUAACUACAAGUAGAAUUUGCCCCAGUAUUUUGAUAGUGUAAUUUACACAUACAUUCUGCUGUUUAAAAGGAUCAUAGUGUUCAUUUCUGUAAAAGUAUGUACAAUAUGUGUGUGUACCUCCUGAAUGCAGAGUCAAAUCCUGCUGUCAAAACAUCUCUAUUGGCUUCAGAGGAGUUACUGCAGAUUUACACUGGCGUAAUCAAGAGCAGAAAUUGACCAGUGUGUGGUACAUGGUAUGAAAGGAAAUAAAAAAUUCUGAAGACUAGCUGAGAAAUAUAAAAAAAGAGAAGUCUACUGAGAACAUAUCUCUAGUGGUUUUCAUUCUGAAUACAAUGCAUGGAGUGAUGAGCAUUGCCAUCUGAAUGGGCUAUAUGCAGAUUCAAGAGUUCAGCUAACACCAUUUUAGACCGCUAAACUCCUUUUCAGUGAAGCAAAAGCUAAUAGUUUAUAUGAUGUGUUUGCCAUAUUUCACUGGUAGCUUCUGUGUUAUAUACAGUUGUCAACAUUGUUCUGAAUUGUAUGUUUACCCACUGACAAGGAUAAAAUAUGCUGUAGAGUAUGUAAAAUGUAUUGAUGACCAGUUUCUUGGAGUUAAGUGAUUUUUCUCUAUUAUUAUUUGUUUAUUACUGUGCUGCUGUUUUAUAGGUACUGGCUACGUGUGUGUGUGUGUGUAUGUAUGUGUGUGGGGGGGUGGGGGUUGUGUAUAAAAUGUGAGAAAGAACUUAUCCUAAAGGAAAAGGGCAGUCAUGGUACCUGCCUUACGGUAGCUACAUUAUUUUGUUAAGCCCCAUAGUUAUGAGUUCAGAUUUCAAAACAAGUUGUGUGGUUUCUGAAUGUUUUUUGUAGAACUGGGUUUUACUUUUUAGAGGGAGUUGAACUUACUUGGAGCUCAUUUAAAAACUGAUAAGGAUUAGCACAUUUUUAUGAUCAAAUUAACUAUACACAAAUAUCAAGACCUAAUGUGACAUAUAUUGGCCAGAUCAUUCCCUCAGAUAUACACUCACAGCUCCUAUUUAUGUCAAGGGGAAUUGGACACAUCUAAUGGAGAGCAUGUAAUUUGCACUGUAUUUUAGUGUAGCUAUGACACUUAGGGCAAAAUCUGCCAAGGUACUUCAGCGGUGGGUGGGGAAAUACCUGGGUGCUGGAUAAUACUGAGAAUGUCCUCUGGUGGAAUAUGGUGGAAACCUGCCCCGGGAUCAGGGUUCAUUCCACAUGUUGAAGAGGGAAGUUAGGGACAAGGAGAUACUCAGGCCAGUCCUGCCCAUUGACAGCAUUCUGCUGUCUUGAGUGAUUACAGCUUUCACUAUGAAGGGAUGUAACGUCCAACAGGCCAGAGUUGAAAGGCUUUAUGCUCUAAGAAAGAAGGGGAGCGUCAGUACUUUCUACUACAUAGAAAUAUGAUGAAUCAGCCAACCAUGUCUCCUCACCAAUCAAAGACAGUUCCCCCUUCCUGUUUCUGCCUGCAGCACCUCUCCUUGAUGUUAAGGGUGAGUGUGUCCCCAACACCCAAUAUGUGACACAAGGCAGGUCUAACUCCAGAUCUGCCCAGCCAGACAGCUGCGUGCUGGCCUGCUCAGAGGAUACACAGCUAUUGUAUGUCUGUAUGGUGGGGAGGGGAGCUUCAGAGUCAAACCUGCUUAAGAAACAUAACAGGUUUGGGGUAUUGAGGUGAAACCCAGUGAGAAUCCACCCUGCUGGUUGGGGAAGAAGCUGCCGCAGUGUUUAAUUUGUGGCAGGGCUGAGCCCCAGUACCUCUAGGCUUGCCACAUCAGUUAGGAAAGUAAAUCAUUGCUUGAGCCCCAGCACCUCUGGGUUUGGCAGUUCAUAGCUCCAGCACUUCUGGGCUUGCUGCAUCAGUUAUGAAAGUAAAAAAAUUGCUUGAGUCCCAGCACCUCUUUCAUUACAAAUUAAGCACUGAGCGGAAGUGCUGCUUACCUAAUUUCAGCACCCUUCUGCAAGCUCUCUACCCCCUGUCCAUCAUCCCUCCCCUCCCUUCAAUGUGCACUAAUAUGCCUUACCCUACUCUCAACCUCAUCUCCCUCCCAGCAUCACUAGCAGAGGUGAACAAACCCACAUCCAUGCUGGAUAUGGGAAGGUUGCUGGUUUCAAUGCACAGCUUCCAGCUUUGUUCAACAACUUCCAUGAAGGGACACAGGGCUAGGAGAAGGCAGAGAGAGAUCUAGGUCUCCUGUCGCAGGCAGGUUUCCCCCACCUCCACCACCCAGUCCCCAUGCAUAUCCACAUGCUUGAUCUGUUAGGUACACCCUUCCUUGGUUGAAGAUAAUUUAGCCCUAAAUUUUGUAACUCCACAUUUAAAACUCAAAUGAAAAACUAGCUAGUAAAUGUAUCUGUGGGGGCAAUCCUAUGCUAGCAACAAGAUGGAAUAGAGCCCGUAGGCCUCAAUCCUGCAGUUGAAGCCACGUGGGCAAACUUUUUUCACUCAUGCAGAGUCCCACCAAAGUCAAUUGGAUCUGCAAAGAUAUCUAGAUUCUGUGACUUGUAUUUACAUUAACAAAUCUGUUUUGAUUAGUGUUACACCACUUGGGAAGCUUGGAUACAUAGAGCAGAAUGCACUAGUUUUAAGUGUCAUAAAAAUUGGGGGGGAAUGUAGUUGAAGAUAAAUCCAUGGCAGGUGUUGGGUUAUUGAGUGCCUCGAAGAUGAGUAGUUUUAGAAGCGUGCAAGGUAGUUAUUCUGACAAUAUUGCCAUACUGCCUCUGACACUAUUAAAAUUCUCUUUCUACAAGCCUUACUAUUCCAAAUGAUUGCUAAUGCAUUGGAAUGACAUUAUUCUGUUUUGUGAGACGUGGGUGUGUCACACUGGUGACAUAUAGCUCCUUGUGCAUUGUGCACCAGCGGUUCACAGGGCUGUACCUUCUCUUUUUAGGAUCUAGUCAAUGGUACUUUAAUAAAUGUUGUGUAAAAAAAAAUUGCCUAUAGUUCUGUAUAGCAAAUGUGAUUUUUUUAUGACAAGAAUGUGUAUUUAAUGUAAAAAGCAUAAAACCCAGUUUCUUUGUAUUCGGUGAAA